CGUAGAAGGGUAUAGUCGGAAGCUGAGAUAGCAAAAAUGUUUUGAAAGAAGCUUCUCUGCACAGUUAUAAGACAGUCCGUCUUUUCUGUCACGGUGGUGUGAAAGCAGGUCAUGUGGAUGCUGCCAUCGUGACCAGAGGAUGUAUCGGAGCGAAGGUAGUGUGGUGGAGCCACUGAGUGGACUCUCCUCACCCAGUCCACGGGACCCCGUGCUCAGUCCUGACUCAAACAUGGAUGUUCAUGGGUAUAAGUGGGUGCGCUGGCGGGUGUGGUCGUGUCGUCUGGCUGCAGUGCUGUCCUUGGGUCUCCUCCUGAUUGUGUUUCACUGGCGCCCGCGGCUUGCUGUCCUCGCCCGCUGCCGCUCCUGCCCUCUGGCUUUGGCAGAUAUUCUGCUAAUAAGAGACAUUCACGGCCAGCAGCAUGUGGUGGAGGUCCUCACUGAGGAGAUGGAGGACGGCAGUUUGGGGUUGUUGUUCGAGCUGGAGGACAAUGAAUGGAGGGAUACAGUGCAGCUGCACAAGGAGGAGAAAACGUUGCUGCGCUAUUACCUGUUUGAAGGACUGCGCUACAUCUGGCUGGACAGGAAAGGAGCAUUCUGUCGUGUCAGUGUCCUCAAUGAGGACUGGACCUGCAAUGUCCUGUAUGGCUUCCAGAAGGGCCUGAGUCCCCUGGAGCAGAGCUCGAGGAGACUCAUGUAUGGACCCAACCUCAUCGAUGUGCCUGUGAAGCCUUACAUGAAACUGCUGUUUGAGGAGGUCCUCAACCCAUUCUAUGUGUUCCAAGUGUUCAGCGUCACACUGUGGAUGAUCGAUAACUAUUAUUUUUACGCCAUAUGUAUAUUUAUUAUCUCUAUUUUCUCCAUCAGUAUCUCACUUUAUGAGAUCCGCAAGCAAAGCAUCACGCUUCGUGACAUGGCCCGGUUAGUCACAAAUGUCACAAUACGAAGAGACUCAGGAGUGGAGGAGUGUGUGAGCUCGGAGGAGCUGGUCCCCGGCGACUGUCUAAUCAUCCCUCAGGAAGGACUGCUGCUGCCCUGUGAUGCUGCCCUGCUGGAUGGGGAGUGUCUGGUCAACGAGAGCAUGCUCACAGGUGAAAGUGUCCCAGUGCUGAAAACCCCACUGCCAGCUGGUGAGGGGAGGUACAGCUCAGAGACUGAGCGCAGACACACCCUUUUCUGUGGUACGCAGCUCAUUCAGGCCAAAGGGGGAGGGCCGGGAGGCAGCGGUGCUGUUGCCGUGGUCACGAGCACCGGGUUUUUCACAGCCAAAGGUUACCUGGUCAGCUCAAUUUUGUAUCCUCAGCCAACCGACUUCCGCUUCUACCAAGACUCUGCCAAGUUCCUGAUCAUCCUGGGUUUUGUUGCUCUUUUUGGCAGCAUUUACAGCUUUGUGGUCCUCUUCAGAUCCAAUGCGACAUGGGUGGAGCUGGUGAUUAGGAGCCUGGAUAUUGUGACCAUCGCAGUGCCCCCUGCCCUGCCAGCUGCCAUCACCACUGGCACGAUCUACGCCCAGCACAGGCUGAAGCGCCAGGGCAUCUUCUGCAUCAGUCCACCGCGCAUCAACAUCUGCGGCAAGGUCUCACUCUUCUGCUUCGACAAGACAGGAACUCUUACUGAGGAGGGUCUUGAUGUGUGGGGAGUGAUGGAGGGGGGACCUGCUGGUUUCUCAGAGCUGGUCCUUGAUCCCAGACUCCUUCCCCCAGGGCCCAUGCUCUCAGGCCUGGCCUGCUGUCACACUGUGACACUGUUGCAAGGACAGUCCCUUGGAGACCCUCUGGAGCUCAAGAUGAUCGAGUCCACGGGUUGGACACUCCAGGAGCCAGACGGAGAUGGAAAUGUACUAGAUGCAGAGUUUGGGGGCAACAGAGUUUUGGCUGUUUUGAGACCUCCUCGACUUCUGUCCACAAGCGAGGCGGUGGCCAUCGUUCAGAGGUUUCCCUUCUCCUCGGCCCUGCAGAGGAUGAGUGUGGUGACGGUGGCCGGCGGCGGACGCUCGGCUCUCGCUUUCAUCAAAGGAUCCCCAGAGAUGGUGGCUAGCCUCUGCCGAGCAGAAACUGUGCCGGCGCAGUUCUCCAGCACACUGCGCAGCUUCUCCAGUGAAGGCCUCAGAGUUCUUGCCCUCGCCUAUAAACCAGUAGACGGGAACACUGACUUUCGGAAGAUUGAACGAGGGGAGGUAGAGAGGGAUGUGCAGUUCCUGGGCUUGCUGAUGAUGAAGAACCUGGUGAAGCCAGAGAGUGCCAACGUUAUUAAAAUGCUGAGGCUGGCACAACUUCGGAGCGCCAUGGUCACUGGUGACAACAUUUUAACAGCAGUCAAUGUAGCAAAAAGCUGUGGGAUGGUAGGAUUUGAUGAGAAGGUGAUAUUCGUCAAUGCAACCCCCCACACUGCCCAGUCCAUGCCCACCCUGAAGUUCAGCCUGGAAGACAGAGGGUCUCCUGCCGCCCAGAGCUCCGCAGAGAUCAUCAAUCAGGACCUGUACCAGGGUGGUUUUCACUAUCACUUGGCUAUUAAUGGCAAGUCCUUUGCUGCCCUCUGUGACCACUUCCCUGAGUAUUUGCCGAAGGUUCUGUUGCGAGCCACAGUAUUUGCACGCAUGACCCCUGACCAGAAAACCCUGCUGGUGAAGGAGCUGCAGAAAAUGAACUACCGGGUGGGCAUGUGUGGAGACGGGGCCAAUGACUGCGGGGCCCUGAGAGCUGCUGACGUCGGGGUUUCCCUGUCUGAAGCUGAGGCUUCAAUUGCGUCACCUUUCACUUCUAAGACUGAAAACAUCAGCUGCGUGCCGGUGCUUAUCCGAGAGGGACGGUGUUCUCUGGUCACCUCCUUCAGUCUCUUCAGAUACAUGGCUCUGUACAGCCUCGUUCAGUUCUGCUCCGUCCUCAUGCUCUACACAGUGAGGACGAACUUGGCCGACCUGCAGUUCCUGUUCUUUGACUUUUUUGUGGUGACUGCGUUGGCCAUUGUGAUGGGGCAAGGAGGCUCCAGUAAGAAGCUGCACCCCUGCAGACCCUCAGCCAGCCUGCUGGCCCUGCCUGUCCUGGGCAGCCUCUUCAUCCACACAUGCAUGAUUAUUCUGGGCCAGCUGGCUGCGCUCUUCAUCACCAAAUCACAGGACUGGUACGUUCCACUCAAUUCAACAGUGAGUGGAACAGCUAAUCUGCCCAACAUGGAGAACACCAGUGUGUUUGCCUUGUCAGGUUUCCAGUACAUCAUCAUGGCUGUAGUGGUCACCAAGGGCUACCCUCACAAGAAACCUCUCUACUGCAACGUGAUUUUCCUCAGUCUACUGCUUGUCCUCUUUGCCGUGAUGACUUGGCUGGUGUUGUAUCCCGGGCCUUUCGUCUGUCGAAUACUUAAACUGUACGACUUCUUUGAUAUGGAUUUUAAAUUGCUGCUCGUCGCUGUGGCUGCUCUCAACUUCCUCAUUUGUUUUGUUGUAGAGGUGCUGAUAGACUCUGGUAUCCUGAACUGUCUCCGGUUGCUGCGUGGGAGGCGUCAGUCCAAGAAACAGUAUAAACGUCUGAAGCUCCUUCUGUCUGAAUCCCCAUCAUGGCCGCCCCUUGAUCAAACACUGUCCCCCACAGAUCACACAGUCAUCCACUUGAGCUAGCACUGUCCUUCUGUCACCCAGGCCAAAAAAUGCUACUUUAACAAUGCAACGUUCCGUUUACUUGUAUCAUUAAUAAAAACUAUUUUUUAUUCAAACUAAA